AGUCACUUCCUCUUUACUUAUAAGCAAUUGUCCAGUAUUUUAGUUCUGUCUUUUUAAAAACUCUAUAAAUUAAACAUUAAAAAUUUUUAUGCAGAUAACAUUUAGAGUUAUCAACAUGUCUACCAGUUUAUUUGCUCACUGUUCUUUGAUUCUAGGUUUUCUUCUAGAAUCACUCCCUUCCUGAAAUGUGCCCUUUAUUUAUACUUUAAAUUAAAAAGUUCAUCUCUCUUAGGGGAAUAUUUCCUAUUUCCUCUUAUCUUUUCAAAUCUCUAAUACUUCCACCAUAAUCCUUGACCUCAGCUGGUGACUAUGCUUCCUAUUUAACAGAAGAUAGAAGGACUCGUAAGAGGCCUUUCCAAAGUUGUCACCACUUUUACCCACCUUCUAUAUAUACAUUCUUCUUUCCUGUCUUUUGGGUAACAGUCAGUACUCCUGGCAAAGACCAAUCCCUCAGCUGCUUGAGUACUAAAUCUCAUCUCGUUUCAUCUACUUGAGGUAUUUCUUACUCUCCCUUCUUGGCCUGUAUUGUCAAUUUUCCUACCUUUGUUAUAUAAUUCCUAUUAACUUCAACAUCCUAUAUUGUCCUCCACAUUGAAUAAAAACCCUUCCUCAGUUCACAGCUCCCUCUAGCAAUUGCCCCCUAUACAGCAAAAUUCUUUGAAAGAGUUCUAUGUACUUAUUCUCUAAUUCUCUAAUUCUUCCCUUUAGCUGUCUUGAUCUUACUCUAAUCAGGCAUUCAUCCUUACUACUCUACUGAAACUGGUCUUGUCAAGGUCAGCAUUAUUCUCAGUUGCUAAAUGCAGUGGUCAUUUCUGAUUUAACAGGAGCAUUGGAGUCACUUAUUCUAGGACUCCUCGUGCUGCUGGCUUUCUGCCGAUCUCACUGGCAGUGCCUUCUCCUGUCCUUGACUGGCACUUUAUCUGCUCUCACCUGGGAGUUCUGUGUGGCUCUUGGACUCCCUCUCCAUCUAUUCUCACUCACUUGGUGAUCUUACUCAGGAUCAGGCUUUGAAUAACAUCCAUCUGCUGAUAACUCUCCCUUGAAUUCCAGGCUUAUUCAGAGUCUCUAGUUGCAUGUCUAGUAAACAUUUAAAUAUGAACAUAUCCAAAUCCAAACUCCUAAUGUUUCUUUCCAAAACUCUCUCCACCUCAUAUCAUCCCCCUCUUUGUUAAUGGCAACUCCAUUCUUCCAGUUGCCCAGGCCAAAAGUCUUAGAGUCAUUCUUCUUAAUUUUUCUCACUCCAUAUCCAUAGCAAGAUCCUUUAGAUUUUUGCCUUCAGGAUAUAUCCUGAUAGUAUCUGUAUAUACAGAAUCUGAUAGUAUCUUACUCCUCUGCCAGCACAGCUGGUCCACACCACUGUUACUGCUGGCCUGUAUUACUGCAGUAACCACUUUACUAGGCUCUUUUGCUUUUGCUUUUCUCUCCUGCAUUAGUUUCUUAGGGUUGCAGUAACAAAUUACCGUAAACUGAGUGACUUAAACAGCAGAAAUUUAGUGCCUCACAGUUCUGGAGGCUGGAAGUCUGAAGUCAAGGUAUCAGCAUGAUUGGUUCCUUCUGAAGGCUGCUGAGGUUUUGGAGAUCACAUUCAUUGGAGGACACUAGAAGAUGGGAAGAGAGAAGCAGCUGCCAGUGGAUUACCUUUGAUGGUGAUUAUCCAUAAGUCCUGGUGUGGAGCUUGCAAAGCUUUAAAGCCCAAAUUUGCAGAAUCUACAGAAAUUUCAGAACUUUCCCAUAAUUUUGUUAUGGUAAAUCUUGAGGACGAAGAGGAGCCCAAGGAUGAAGAUUUCAGCCCUGAUGGGGGUUAUAUUCCACGAAUCCUUUUCCUGGAUCCCAGUGGCAAGGUACAUCCUGAAAUCAUCAACGAGAAUGGAAACCCCAGCUACAAGUAUUUCUACAUCAAUGCUGAGCAAGGUUGCCUUGGUGACUGCCUUGGUGAUGAGGCAAUGUCCUCAAAGUGCAUUUUAACCAUUUUCACCUCAGAAACCGAUACCAGCUGGGGAGAAUGGUCCUUCACUCUCUGUUUUACAAGUGAAGAAACUGAAGCACAGAGAAGAAGGAAUGACUAGUGCAUGAGUGUCAGUGGAGAGACUCAUUACACAAAUCUGUUCCCAUCCCUGUGGCAGACUGGUUGAAGGCCUAGAUUCCUCUGUUCCCUGUAUCCAUGUACCUUAGUGAUGUGACUUUGCUCUUUUUCCCAAUCAAAGGGGGAGUCUAUUUCUCCACUCCUUUGAAUCUGGGCUGGGCCUGUGACUUGAUUUGGACAACAAAAUAAAGUAUAUGCUACACAA